UCUAACCUCAAAGAGACACAUUCGCUGUAUUGUAUCUAUAUUUGGGUACAUGUGUUUCUUGUACUUGAUUCCGUAGAAUACAAAUAAUUGUGACUUAAAAUGGCUUUGAAGCUUAUUGCAAGUUCUAAAAAUCCUCCUGUGGGUGCAUUGCUUACGACAGAAGUAUUAGAAUCUGGAGGAAAAAUUAAAAUUGCAAUCUCUUGGUCUAAUAAUAUUAAACAACCUGCAGUUCUUCAGUUCUUUAAUGCGGAUGAUAAGUUGAUUGGCGAGACUAACAAUGAUGUUAGUCGUUACUUGGCACGAACCGUGGAUACAUCACUAUAUGGUGGAAAUGAUAUGAUUGAGAGAACUGAAGUGGAUCAUUGGUUGUCCUUUGCAAUAGGAUCUCUAAAAUCAUCUACUUCUGAUGCUUUGACAUACUUAGAUCAUGCAUUAGCUCCAAAGACAUGGCUGGUAGCUAAACAUUUCACCAUUGCUGAUAUUGCAAUUUUUUCUGCGCUGUACGAUCUACAACCUUCAGAGGGUUUUAAUAAAUAUCCUCAUAUUAGUAGAUGGUAUACUCAAAUCCAAUCAAUGCCUACUACACAAGCAGUACUGCAAAACGUUGCAAAGAAUAAAACAUCAAUCUCUAAAAAAGGUUCUGAUAAUGGGGGAAAACAAAGCAAUAAAGAUGGUAAUGCCUCACAUGGUAGCAAAACUAGGAAACAGGAAGGAACGUAUAUUGAACUUCCUGGGGCAGAAAUGGGUAAAGUCGUUGUACGUUUUCCACCUGAGGCUAGUGGCUUCUUACAUAUUGGACAUGCAAAGGCUGCACUUUUAAAUCAAUACUAUGCAGAGGCAUUUAACGGGCAGCUUAUUAUGAGAUUCGAUGAUACGAAUCCUGCAAAAGAAACAGUGGAAUUUGAACAAGCAAUCUUGGAGGAUUUAGCGAUGUUGCAAAUAAAACCUGAUCGUUUCACACAUUCAUCAGAUUAUUUUGAUUUGAUGCUCGAGUACUGUGAACAACUAAUUGAGAACGGCAAAGCAUUUGUCGAUGAUACGCCAGCUCCGGUUAUGAAAGAGCAACGUGAGCAAAGAUUACCAUCAUCGAACAGAGACGCUUCAAUCGAAACUAAUUUAAAGUUAUGGGAGGAAAUGAAGAAAGGUACUGCAAAAGGGCAAGAAUGUUGUGUCAGGGCGAAAAUUGAUUAUCAGUCGACAAAUGGUUGCAUGCGAGAUCCAACUAUCUACAGGUGUAAGCCAGAGCCUCAUCCUCGUACUGGGACAAAGUAUAAGGUAUAUCCCACAUACGAUUUUGCCUGUCCUAUUGUGGAUGCUGUUGAAGGAGUAACACAUACUCUACGUACAACUGAGUAUCAUGAUCGAGAUGUUCAAUUUUACUGGCUAAUAGAUGCUCUUAAAUUACGUCGACCUCACAUCUGGGAAUACUCACGACUGAAUAUGACCAACACUGUUCUCUCUAAACGAAAGCUCACAUGGUUUGUGGCGGAAGGAUUAGUAGAUGGAUGGGAUGAUCCUCGUUUCCCUACUGUACGUGGUAUUUUGAGAAGGGGUAUGACAGUAGAAGCUCUAAAGCAAUUUAUAAUAGCACAAGGAAGUUCUCAGUCUGUUGUCUUUAUGGAGUGGGAUAAAAUUUGGUCAUUCAACAAGAAAGUCAUCGAUCCCAUUGUUGUCAGGUACACCGGUUUGAAUGAGAAUGAAAUUGUACCUGUUAAUGUCGAGGGUGCUACCGAAGGAUGGUUGACUGUUCAGAAUCAUCCAAAAAAUCCUGAGAAAGGUACUAAACAGGUGCGGGUAGCACCAACUGUUCUUAUUGAGAAAGAGGAUGCUGAAGCGUUAGUAGAGGGUCAAAAUGCGACCUUCAUUAACUGGGGAAAUCUAUUAAUUAAGAAAAUAAAAAAAGAGAAGGGCGUUGUAACAGGAGUAGAUGCAAAACUUAAUCUCGACAAUAAAGAUUAUAAGAAUACAUUAAAGUUGACUUGGUUGGCUUCACCAGAAAAUAAGCAAAACGCUAAUAACGAAGAUCAUAAAUUGAUACCUUGUUAUGCAGUAUAUUUUGACCAUAUUAUCAGUAAGCCAGUCCUCGGAAAGGACGAUGACUUUAAGGACUUUAUUGCCAAAGAUACCAGAAAAGAGGUCAAGAUAUUGGGUGAAUCAGAAUUGAAAAGGGUCACUAAAGGUGAAAUAAUCCAGUUGCAAAGAAAGGGUUUCUUCCGUUGUGAUGUACCUUUUGCGCCUGCUAGUCCUCAUUCUUCUCGUGAACAACCCCUUAUUUUAUUCAAUAUACCUGAUGGACACACUAGUACUUCCACAGCCACCACUAAAUCUGUCGCCACUACUGCUAAGUCAACAGGAAAACAGAUUCAAAGUAAUAACGCUGAAGAGUUGAGCGCUAAAAUCACUGCUCAGGGUGAAAAAGUACGACAAAUCAAAGCAGCAAAAGCUGAAAAAGCAAUAGUUGACGCAGAAGUGAAAAUUCUUUUAAGUUUGAAAGCAGAGUACAAGACAGUUGCAGGUUCAGAUUGGAAGCCAGGUGCAGUGGUGAAAGGAUCAGAAAGUGCAGUUACUCCAAACGAUAAUAUACAACAAUUAUCCGAAAAAGUAGCACAACAAGGAGACAAAGUAAGACAAUUGAAAGCUCAAAAGACAGAUAAGAAAGUGAUAGAUCAAGAAGUCAAAGUUCUCCUUUCCUUGAAAAAUGAUUAUAAAGCAGCUGCUGGAGUAGAAUGGAAACCUGGUGCACCUACAGCUGUACCUGUGAGUCCAAUAGAAUCAGAUGCAAGUAAUAAUUCAUCGGAGAAGAUAUCUAACGAUAUCACCGCACAAGGAGACAAAGUGAGACAAUUAAAAUCAGAAAAAGCUGAUAAAUCCAGUAUCGAUAAAGAGGUUAAAGUUCUUUUAGCUCUGAAAGCUGACUACAAAUCUGCUACAGGCAAGGAGUGGAAGCCGACAUCAAGUCCACCUAACAGUGUACCUGCUGGAGUUUCAACCAUUGAUGCCAGUGUUCCAUUGCCAAACGAGAACAUGAGGACGGCUGACGAUAUAUCACAAGAGAUCACAAAACAAGGUGAUAAGGUUAGAGAAUUGAAGACAUCAAAAGCUGAUAAAGCCACGAUCGAUAAAGAGAUCAAGACACUGCUAUACCUUAAAGCUGAUUACAAAGCUGCAACAGGUGCGGAUUGGAAACCAGGUGCUGCACCUGCUAAACCUACAAAAACCGAAGGUAAUGAUAUUAAUGAAGAGAUCACAAAGCAGGGGGAUAAAGUAAGACAACUAAAAAGUUCAAAAGCAGAAAAAAAUAUUAUUGACCAAGAGAUAAAGAUUCUUCUGAACUUGAAGAGUAAGUACAAAACAGAAACCGGCCAAGAUUGGAAGCCCCCAGUAUCUGCAGGACUAGUCAAAGAGUCAAAGAAGCCUGAAAGCAAUUCGAAGAAGGUAGACAAAUCUAAUAAAAUGUUUGAGAAGCCAAAUAAGGAAUCUACUAGUAAAGAUGUUCGGAGUCUCAAGACUGGUACGAGGUUGGGUCUGGAGGCAAAAAAAUCUGAAAAUCUUUCCGACUGGUAUUCACAAGUAAUUACCAAGGGGGAAAUGAUAGAAUACUAUGACGUCUCGGGAUGUUAUAUCCUCCGCCCAUGGAGUUUUGCCAUAUGGGAUGUGAUAAAGGAUUUCAUAGAUACUGAAAUCAAGAAAAGGGGUGUACAGAAUUGUUACUUCCCCAUCUUCGUCAGUCGUGCAGUAUUGGAAAGAGAAAAGACCCAUGUCGCAGAUUUUGCGCCGGAGGUUGCUUGGGUUACCAAAAGCGGUGAAUCUAAUUUAGCUGAACCGAUUGCCAUUCGUCCUACGUCCGAGACUGUCAUGUAUCCUGCAUAUGCAAAAUGGUUGCAAUCACAUCGCGAUCUUCCUCUCAAGCUUAAUCAGUGGAAUAAUGUGGUGAGAUGGGAAUUCAAACAUCCACAACCAUUCCUACGUACACGUGAAUUUUUAUGGCAAGAAGGUCACAGUGCAUUUGCUACAAAAGCUGAAGCUGAUAUAGAGGUUCUGGAUAUAUUAGAACUUUAUGCUAGAGUAUAUGAAGAGUUACUUGCAGUUCCAGUAAUCAAGGGUCGCAAAACAGAAAAGGAAAAAUUUGCUGGUGGUGAUUACACUACUACAGUAGAAGCGUUUAUCUCUGCUAGUGGAAGAGCUAUUCAGGGAGCAACGAGUCAUCAUCUAGGACAAAACUUCUCAAAGAUGUUUGAUAUUGAAGUCGAGGGUGCUGAUGAAAGUGGCGAAAAGAUAUUUGUUUAUCAGAAUUCCUGGGGAAUGACUACAAGGACUAUAGGAGUCAUGAUAAUGGUUCAUGGAGAUGACAAAGGAUUGGUAUUACCACCAAAAGUAGCUGCCAUUCAAGCUGUCAUUGUACCUUGUGGAAUAACAGCAUCCACUACUCAAGAGCAGCGAGAGAAUCUUCUCUCAGAGUGUGCCAAGCUCGAGGAUGAAUUGAAGAAAAAUGGCACUCUCAGAGUAAAGGGGGAUUAUCGGGAUAAUUAUAGCCCUGGAUGGAAAUUUAAUCAUUGGGAACUAAAAGGUGUUCCUGUUAGGGUGGAAUUAGGUCCCAAAGAUUUGGAAAAAAAACAAGUUACCCUUGUUCGAAGGGAUAAUUCUGCACGCCUGGUAACAUCGCGAGCCGAUGUGUUCUCCAGUGUAUCGAAGUUGCUUGAUGAAAUACAUUCGUUCUUACUAAAUAGAGCUACAGUUGAGUUAAAGGAACAUAUUACGGAAACGAAUGAGUGGAGUGAAUUUUGUACAUCGUUGGAUAAAAAGCACUUAAUACUAGCACCCUUCUGUGGAGAAAUAUCUUGUGAAGAUCAAAUUAAAGCUGACAGCGCAAGAGAGGAUGUAGGUGAGGAACCAGGAGCUCCAGCAAUGGGUGCAAAGGGCUUGUGUAUACCCUUUGAUCAACCAAAAUUUGCUUCUUUGAACACUCUUAAGUGUAUUCAUCCAAGUUGUACCAGGAAGCCUAAAUUCUAUACUUUAUUCGGUCGCAGUUAUUAAAGUCAAUUGAGUUUCAAGUGCUGGAUCAUUGCAGUUUUCUUUUAAAUAAACCAAGUUACUUUUA